AUGUGUUACGAUGUUGGCGCUGCAAGUCGCCACGAUACGCCACUCCUACUAAGCUUUGUCCCUCCCUCUGUCUGUGUGUGUGUGUGUGUGUGUGUGUGUGUUUUAAUGUGCUCGUACGAACGGAGCCGAACAUACAACCGUCGACGAGGCGCAGUAGACGAGCAAGGACCGCACCGACCGCCCUUCCCACCUGGAAAUAGCCACGUCGUAUCAGCAAAAUCUCAUGUCGUCAUGGCAACUAUGAGUACUAGUUCCCUUACUGGAGAUGUAGCCUGUCGUGGUGUCCGAGGGCGUGAGGAACUUGGGACGGCGAAUGCCGAGACAUUUUCGCCAUGGUGGGGUGGCACUUGA